AUGUGGUAUGAAAUUCUUCCAGCGCUUUCAAUAGUAACCGGGAUAACAUUUGCUAUCCCACCUUUAUUAAGUGUAACCAAUUAUGCGUUUUUUGGUAGAUGGUCUCCACCUAGUUUAUUUCGAUUUAAACAAGACUUCUUUCUACAUUUACGUGAUAAAGAUCUUGAAGGACCACUUUUAUUUCAAGAUUCAGAGUUUAUCUUCAAGGAUUAA